CUCUUUAGGCAUCAGGUUCCCAGGUUAUAAAUUAAAAAUGUUAAUUUAUGGCUGCACAACAGAGACGUUUAAAUUGACACGCAGAGGAAGAACUUUUCUUUUCCAGGACCUGGUGACACAGGACCUGGUGAUACACCUGCCGUCACAGGACCUUUCCUGCACAGAGGAACCAUGACAGUGUCUUACACACUUGAAGUGGCCAACGUGAGGUUCGGCGGCUUCUCCAAGCUGCUGUUCAGAUGGAGAGGGAGCAUCUACAGGCUGCUGUAUAAGGAUCUGCUGGUCUUCUGUGGGGUUUAUCUGUUUUUCAGUUUGUUUUACAGGUUCAUGCUCACGCCAAGGCAGCAGGAUCUGUUUGAACGGAUCGCCCUUUACUGUGACCAGUUCACCAACACCAACUUUAUCCCAGUUUUAUUCGUACUGGGCUUCUAUGUGACCCUGGCCUUCAAUCGUUGGUGGGGUCAGUACACCAGCUUCCCGCUGCCUGACAACCUGAUGAUGGUGGUGUCUGGCAACGUCCACGGGGCAGACGAGAGAGGCCGCCUGCUGCGACGUACACUCAUGAGAUACGCCAACUUGUCCUCAGUUCUCAUCCUCCGCUCCAUCAGCACGCGAGUUCUCAAACGCUUUCCCACGUUGGAGCACAUUGUGGAGGCCGGCUUCAUGACGACACAUGAGCUGGAAAACUUUGAGUCGCUGCACUCGGAUUUCAACAAGUACUGGAUGCCUUUGACGUGGUUCUCAAACCUGGCAUCCCGAGCCAGAGAGGAGGGUCGAGUGAGAGACGACAUCGCUCUGAGACUUCUGAUGGACGAGCUUAAUAAGUACAGAGCCAAGUGCAGCCUCCUGUUCCACUAUGACUGGAUAAGCAUCCCUCUGGUCUACACUCAGGUAGUGACUAUUGCAGUUUACUCCUUUUUUGCCUUCUGUGUGAUUGGCCGACAAUUCCUGAACCCCGAGAAGGGAUACAAGAAUCACAGUGUGGACAUGUACGUCCCUGUGUUCACCCUGCUGCAGUUCUUCUUCUACACUGGCUGGCUUAAGGUGGGGGAGUUGAUCAUCAAUCCGUUCGGCGAAGACGACGACGACUUUGAAACCAACCAGCUGAUCGACCGAAACAUUCAGGUGUCGAUGCUGGCAGUGGACGAUAUGUACCAGAACCUGGCUCCAAUUGUGAAGGACAAGCACUGGGCGCAGAGACAUUUCUCCAUCCCUUACACUCUGUCGACAGCAGCAGAGACACUCAAGCCAGCGUUCAAAGGCUCCACCUUUGACAUGAGGAUGAGCGCUGAGGAUCUUGAGAUUCACCGGCCUGCAGACGCUCCUGUAAAGAAACAGUAUCUACCUCUCAAGGGCUCUCUGGGUGAUGGUCUUCUGCAGAGGGGUAAAGGCAUCCUGCGUGGCGGGAGCCUGCCUUCGCUGAUCGACAUCUCAUCGCACCCGAAUGCGGAGGAAGAUGUUGAUGCUGUUCCCCCCGCGGGUGACAUCGGUGCUGCCAGCAGCAGAGAACAAGAAAUGACAUUGAUUAAAGUUGCUGUUGAAAAUAAUUAUAAACAAAUAUGACUUAUAGCUCCAUGUUGCAUCUUAGUACCUGUGUUGUGUGUGUGUGUGUGUGUGUGUGUGUGUGUGUGUGUGUGUGUGUGUGUGUGUGUGUGUGUGUGUUCAAUGUAAGACUAAUUCAUUUGUCAAAUAAAACACAUUUGGUGUUGCUGUGUAAUUUUGAAAAUGAAUGCAAAUGAAUGUAUGUUAUGGUUUUUACAUUUAGCACAACUGUACACUGUGACAGCACAAACUCGGAGAACAAUAGAGAGGAUUAUCAUCAUCCUAAA